AUAUGCACCGCGUCUUUUUCAGCUUUUCAUCGCCAAAAAGUCACAAGUAAAUCACGAAUUUGACAAGGAUGAUCUGAGGAAGGGAGACAAAUGCUGCUCUUUUGGGAGCUUAUCGAUGAAGAGAAGAAGACGAAGAAAGAGAUUGAAUUCAGACAAAAGUGACAAUUUUUCGACAUGGAUAUCUCCGAUGAGAAUCUGAAAGGUGUUAUUCUAGCAUUGCUAUCGAGCGGGUUCAUUGGGGCAAGCUUUAUCAUCAAGAAGAAGGGACUCAAAAGAGCAGCUGUAGCUUCGGGUGUCAGGGCUGGUGUUGGUGGGUAUUAUUAUCUCUUGGAGCCACUAUGGUGGUUGGGGAUGAUCACAAUGAUUGUUGGAGAGGUUGCAAACUUUGUUGCAUAUGCAUUUGCCCCAGCAGUUAUAGUCACCCCUCUUGGAGCAUUAAGUAUAAUUGUGAGUGCUAUUUUGGCUCACAUUAUUCUGAAGGAGAAGCUACACCAUCUUGGGAUCUUGGGCUGCGUAAUGUGCAUUGUUGGUUCGGUAAUUAUUGUUAUUCAUGCGCCUAAGGAGCAUCCUAUUGAAUCUGUUACGGAAAUAUGGACUAUGGCUACUCAGCCAGCUUUUCUAGUAUAUUUGUGCUCGGUUGUAGUUUUGGUUUUCAUUCUUGUCUUCCAUUUUGUACCGAGCUGUGGGCAUACCAAUGUGCUAGUUUACACUGGGAUUUGUUCAUUGUCAGGGUCCCUCUCGGUCAUGAGUGUUAAGGCCCUUGGAACUUCUUUGAAAUUAACUUUUGAAGGAAACAAUCAGUUGAUCUACCCAGAGACUUGGUUUUUUAUGUUGAUCGUCGCUAUAUGUGUCGUCACUCAAAUGAAUUAUCUCAACAAGGCUCUUGACACCUUCAACACUGCAGUUGUCUCUCCCAUAUAUUAUGUAAUGUUUACAACACUUACAAUCCUUGCCAGUGUGAUAAUGUUUAAGGAUUGGGAUGGUCAAAGUGGUGGGACUAUUGUGUCAGAUAUAUGUGGCUUUGUUAUAGUGCUUUCUGGCACAAUAUUAUUACAUGCAACCAAGGACUUUGAGAGAACCCCUUCUUUUAGAGAUGGCAACAGCACACCUUUAUCACCUUCAUUAUCAGCAAGACUUUGUAACGGGAAUGCAGAAUUCAUCAGGCAUGAUGAGGAAGACGUGCCACCAUCUGAGAGCAUUUGUUUAAAAAGACAAGAAUUAUACUAGAUGGUUUUAUCUGAGAUCACAAAAGUUCUUGAUUAAUUAACUCUAGUGAAGGCAAAAAAUUGGAUUCUGCAGAACACAGACAUGCCCAUCAGAGGAUAUUAUUCAUUUUUUAUAUGUAAUGAAACAAUAGAAGGAGGUUUUGGGGCCAUAAUGUUCAAAGGAGAAUUUCAGGAUUUUUGUCAUGGAAGUUCGUCCUAGUUUGGAAGAUAAUUCAAGAACUGAUCUGAUGCCUUGAAGGCUGCCUAGUUAUAUGGUACCUGCAGAAUUGCUGGUUUCUGGGAAAUGGCUUGCCAACUUUGACAAUGUGGGAACCUCUCAAUACAAGGAUUGAAGAUUUUGCUUGUGAGAACACAAAACUGUCUUCCAUGUGAUUUAGUUGUGGGUCAAAGCAUCUUUUUUCUUUAAUAUUGUAGUUUUCUUGUUUUAAUAAAAAGAAUUUCAUUGAUUUCAUGAGAUGAAGUAAUGUAGAAGCUUCUUUUUUUUUUUUUUAAAAUCAUUACCCCACUAUUCC